AUGCAUUCCGCCGAAUCCACAUCGGGAGAAUAUACGAUCUAUCCCGAUCAUUCAUCAUUUCGUGAUCUCGACUGGAUCCGAAUUUACGAAAUCUCUAGAGCUUGCCUCAAUCCUCGUCCCACACUUCCAGAUGUGAUUGAUCCCAGUUGGAAUUCAUGUAAUCCUGCUGAAUUAUGGAACUUGGUCACAGAGGCAGCCAAAGCGCAAAAAUUGAAACCAUCGAACCCAGUUCAAAUGGAGAAGAAUCUGAGACUCGAACUCGAAGAACGACUUGAUGAUGGGAUGAAAUUUUCCGAGUUACAACGAAAUAUAGAAUACAAUCUCAUCGUCAAUUUAGAAGUAGUAGACAAGAAAAAUCAUCUUGUGGUUGAACUCUGUCCACCCAAGUUCGCCAAAUCGACUGCUCUAAAUCGUACCUAUGGGGCCGAGAGGUUUCUAGUGGUGACACUCAGCGAUAAAGUACUUCGUGAACUGCAGUCGGAACCUUCGAAAAAGAAACUUCACGGGGGCUUCUUCACUAAGCCGUGGCGGAUCGGCAAUCGUGUUUACGAGACUUUUUUACGAAAAAACGUCUCACGAUGCGCACUUCUCGUUUCUGCCACCGCUCCUACUAUCACUUUCCGUCCCGAGAACAUCCGAAGAGUCCCGGACAUCAUGUCAAAUUCGCUUCUCGUGUCUCCGGACUUCAUGAAUACAAUAGCCGAUGCUCUUGGGCUGAACUACUUACCCUCCGCUAUCCGAGGUCAGAUACGUAACGGUCCAGAAUUUGUAUGGCGUCUAGGACAAAUUCCACAUUCAGCAGGACAAGCUUCGCCUCUGAUACAGCUCUGGAAGGAACAAACUAAAGAGCGCGAGACAACUGUUUGGUUCAAUUUCAUGGCAUACCGUUAUGAUAUUCUAGACCAAUCAUACACAUUAGAGAAGGAAUCCAUGGGGCUUCUCCUUGAAUUCUGUCAAGUUCUCGAAGGGCAAGUUGGUAAAGCUGAAAUCAUGACUGAUGGUGCGGCAGCAAUCAGUCGGGUAGCGGCAUUACAGAUAUCAUCUGCAAAUAAUCUUCAGCCCGAUAUCUUGCCAUCGGUAUACCAAGGUCGAAUAGGGUUUGCCAAAGGUUUGUGGUAUCUUGACCCAAAUUCGAAUCCACUGGAUACUACGACUUGGAUCGAGAUACGUGACACCCAGUGGAAAGCGGAACCCCACGUAGGAUUUUUGUAUCACUUCAACCUUUGUCGUUACUCGGUCGCCGUGAAUUCCACCACUUUGGGCCGGCAAAACUUGCGCGUUCUCUCUUCAAGAGGAAUACCCAAUGAAGUUUUUGAAGAACUUCUCGAGGAAGCUAUCAGAAGCAGUCUAGAAGCGUUUGACACACCAGACCCAAUGGAGCUCAUUCAUACGCUUUCCAACGAGAGCGCCAUCUCCUGCCUUCGUACACGCACCCUUCUCACCCAUGGCGGAGCUAGUAGGAUCGAGCACGACCCCACUCUAAAUCGAACAUUCGAUCAAGACUCUGUCCCAGAGAAGAAAAGUUCAGAUCAAACUUCGGAUAGGCUUCAUCCCUUCUCAUUGCAACCGGCAGAUGCUAUUGAACAACUUCUAUGCAUGCUCGAGGCCGGCUUUCCAGUAAGUAACAGAAUUGUGGUUGAAAAAUUGAGAAAAGUAAGAAUUGAAAAAUUGACAAAAAUGCUAAUGGUAGCCAACAUAAAGCGUCGUCUAAGUGUACCCCUCAGUCUCAGCUGCUACGUCUAUGCGAUCCCAGAUCCAGACUCUACAGGAACCCGCCAUGGGAUCUUGGCUGGACCAGCUUUGAUAUGGAGAUCACCCUGUGCAGCCCCAAUAGAUGUUAGAAAGAUACAAUUGGUAGCAAACGAGCAUUUACAACGUGUAUACUUUGAUGUUAUUGUUUGUUCGACUCGUGGGGAUAGGGCUAUGCUUAGUAUGCUUUCAGGAGGUGACUAUGAUGGCGAUCAAGUCUCUGUCACUUGGGACAAGAGAUUAGUCGAUCCAUUUCAAAACGCGGAUCCAGGUGCUUAUCCGGAGAUGCAAGAGGAAUAUUGGUUUGAUAACAAGCUCGCGGGCGCGAUUGGGAAACGUCUGAUGAAGCCCUACAUCGAUGACCCAACAACCUUUGUCAGAGAGGUUCAGGAUAUCAUUAUAGAUGGACUCUUUACUCCGUCUAGCUUUUCGGCAUAUGCUGUAUUGCAUGGAAUGUGCGAUUACUUACUGGAAGCCAAGCAUCCUCUGACGCUUGCUACAGGAUGGAUAUAUGUUAAAUGCCUGGAUGCUGCCAAACAGGGGCUCGUUCUCAAGCGAACCAGGGAUGCAGACAUACAACGAAGAUACAAGCAGGAGCUACAGAAAAUCGGGAUUACUCUCGAUCAAUUCGGCAAUGCUCCAAUUCCGUCCUAUGAAAAAUGUUUGGCACGUAAUGAAAAAAAAUGUCUUGUAUACGAAGUUACGACUGCGGCUUUUGACAAAUACAAGGACGGUAACAAAUCACGCGACAAAGCUACACACUCACGCCGUGCCCUGGACAAGGAUGAUGACCUACGCCGAUAUUUUUUGGAUCAGAAGAAGAUCUUUGAUCAGUUACAUCCGAAGUCGGGCGAGUCAAGUUUAACAGAUUGGGCAACAGCCGGAGUUUGGCAUGGAAUACUUAAACAUAUGCAGCGUGAAAUUGCAGACUUGCAACAGAAGUAUAAAGAAAUGGCAGCUAAGAUGAUCAAUGAGCAGAACAACAAUCAAGCUAUACAGGAAGAAGAUCAUUAUGUACCAGCGAUGGGUAAUAAUAAGAUGAUCUUGAUGAAACCGAUCUUGAGCGCAUACCAUGUGGAUUUAAGUUUGGAAAAUGCGUACAAGACUAAUAAAACAGAAAAAGAAUUCUUUUCAAAGUCUGGUUCGAUUUCUGAAAAAGAAAGAAAUGCGUUUCUUCAAGGUAAACAAGGAUAUCUAGAUGCAUUGGGUCAUAGUGGAUAUUCACUCUUAAAGGCAUCUUGUGCAGCUUCGAACUCGAGAGCAGAAGGGCGUUUCCCUUUUGAUGUUGCGUUUCGAGAGCUAUGUUAUUUGAAGGCUCAGGCAUCCAUGAAAAACACACAUGGGAAUUCUAGUCUGAAAUUAACAGACAUCGAACAAGAAUCAUUACCACCAUGGACACUUGACAGUACCAGUCAUUAUGCGAUGCUCUCUAGAAGAAUGCUCUACAGUAAGAGACAUGCUACAAAAUCUGAAGUGUAA